AUGGGGUCCCGAGAGCGGCUCGGUGAGGGCUCCCUUGGCUGCGUCACCAAAGUGGCGCACGUGAUGACCGGCGAGGUCUUUGCAUUGAAAGCCAUUGCGCGCCAGCGGGUCAAGGAGCACUGCCUCCAGCAGUACGUCGAACGGGAGGUCGCCACGCAACAGCGCCUCAACCAUCCCAACAUCGUGCGGCUGUACGAGUACUUUGAGGAAAUGGCGGCAACUCUGACCGUGGAGGCGGAUGCAUCUGUAGAGUCGCUGAAGAGGCUGCAGAACGGUGACGUGCUAACCCUGCAUGUGACGCAGGUCACACUUGCAGCCACCAGUGAGCUUGCAGGCAAACUUCGGUUGCCGCUUCCUUCAGUGUUUAAUGGAGCCCCAGAAUCCUGGGAAGAAUGGGAAUGGAACUUCACUAUCUAUGUUGCUCUUUUCGAUGCCGAUGUAAGUCAACUUCUCGAGCGGAGUGCAGCUUCAGAUGCCGAAAUCGAGGAUGCACACUUCGCACAGUUCGGACAUCCGCGCGCACAACAGCUUCACGCGUUCAGUCGAAAACUUCAUGUUCUUUCGGCGAAUCUCACUUCCGGCGCAGCGAAACUUUUAGUGCGACAGAACAUCGGUGGAAACGUCUUCGAAGCAUGGCGUAGGUUGAAGCAGAAAUUCAGCAUGCCCGACGCGCAACGCGGACAUUCACUUCUUGCACAAGUGUUGGAUUGGAGGUUUAACACGGCGACCUUUGAACAGGACUUCAACGCAUGGGAGACAGUGAAGAUUCGUUACGAAGCGCUGACCGGCGCACUUCUGCCCGACGGAGUUCUUAUUGUCUCGGUUGAUGCUUCAGGGCACUGCAACUUCCCAGAGCGCGAGUCUCUUGAGCACUUCGAGGUGUUUGAAGAGCGUCUUGAGUCGGAGUGUACAGAGGAGCAACUUCAGAAUGCCAUCUCAACUAAGUGGGUCAAGCGCCCAAAAAGAGAUGGUGUGAGAUGUCCCGUGUGCGUGCGUGGCUUCGACCAGCUACUUCGCUAUCUGCAAGGAACCAAGGCCUGUGUCUUGACACUUCGACCGAGAGUCAAGCUGCGUGAGCACAUGACUUCUCUUGAUGUCGUAACAUAUGUAGACUCGGAUUGGGCAGGCUGUGUUCAGACACGUAAGAGCACUUCAGGUGUUGCAGUGUUCUUCAACGGUGCUUUAAUUGCUUCGCAAAGCCGCGCCCAACAGACGAUCGCGACUUCUAGUGGCGAAGCAGAGCUUUACAGCAUCGGUCUUGGCACUUCGGAAUGCCUCUUCGUGAAAUCCCUGCUUCUCGAAAUGGAAAUCACUUCGAAAAUCAACAUCCGCGUUUUUACCGGUUCCUCGGUAUGUGAUAUUUCAGGGUUCCCGGAAGUCCGAAUGCUUCAGAACUUGCCCAGAGCUGACUUGCAGGACUUCACGUCCGCUGCCGACAUUUCGGUUGCAACUUCGUGCCUUGGUUUUUUCGCUUGCCGCCAUGGUUUGCUGACUGCAUCACCUCAUGAUGCUCCUGUGAUGGACUUGCGACACUUCUUUUGGUGUUCGUUUUGCUGCGUGGAUGGUGUGGAACUUCAAACCGGAUUGUGCCCAAUUUUCUUGGGACAUGACUUCUUUACUUCACACCGGAUUGUGCUCGCUAAGCGAGACUUCUUUGUGAUUGCCGAGCUCUAUAACCGCUUCUACUUCAACUUCGUGCACAACAAUGGCACCCAAGGCAGCGGUUCUCGGACUUCAUGCCUCGGCACUUCCUCCUCCGAGUUCCCCUCAAGAGGAGUGACCCCAGAGUUGCGCUACACUUCAAGUCUGCGUGAGCAGGUUCGAGGACUUCAUCCCAUGAUGUUCUUGAGGAUGAACCAAGCGGCCGAUCUACUUCGUGUCUCUUUCUACGGCAGAGAGGCUGCUCGACUUCUUGGUCGUGGUCGAGAGCACUUCGGCUGGACCCACUUCGCUGGGAUGAGCGACUUCGCCAUCGACAACCCCAACUACACCCACCAUAACACAGUGGAAGACUUCCUGGAAGCUCUUCGCACAGGUAAGCAGGUGACCAAGCUUUUCGUGCCAAACACUUCGGAGUUUGGUGCGAUCUAUGCCUGCCUUCAACUUCGCCCUGGAGACAAUGACUUCAUGAUCGGUGGACUUCAAGCCUUGAUGCUCUUCCCUGGUGUCUUUGGUGGCUCCACUUCCUAUGUGUCGAAUGAGGUCGACUUCUACCUCCACUUCAGCCCUGUCUUCACUGCCCCGAACUUCAUUGACAGGAUGCCUGAGCUGUCAGUGCGAUUGUGGUAUUGCGCCACACUUCAUAUUCUUUUGACUUGGCUGUCAAAAGGAGGCACUCCACUUCGACUUCAGAGUGCCAUGCAGCCCUUCGCAGGCGACCACCUCAACUUCUGCAUGUGCCCCAGAGCAGCCAUUUGGUUGGCCAGCUUUGGACUUCAGUUGAUGCUGGAGGAAAAUCCCACUUCGGCAAAUGUGCAUCUUCGCAGUCCGAUUGGACUUCUGAGUGUGAGGCUGACUUCGCAGCAGAUCACAAACUUCAUCGAUGGCAACCACUUCAGGGUGUGGAACCGUCGCUACAUCGACUACUUCAUCAAUGUGACUUCCGGUGACAUCGAAAUCACGUCAGCGAUGGCCAACACGAUGUCGAUCCUCAAGCUUCCUGGCACCUGGCAGGACUUCUUCACCCUGGCGUGGAAUCAGACUUCCCAUGGGCGCAAUCGCUACAUGCACAUGCCACUUCGCCCCAGCGACUUCAGUCGCUUUGAUGAAGCAAGCGAAGGAGACUUCUGGAUCUCGAGGGCAUUGGCUGUGCAGUCACUUCGUGCCCGCUACAGAGGAGCACUGCUGAAGUGCACUUCGGAUCUGAGGACUUCCAACUUCACCUAA